GAGGAUGAGGUUGAGGUGCCCGAAGAGGAAGCAGAGAUAUCGAUGCACGCAAUGGCAGGGAUUCAGGGGCCUCGGACGAUGCGAUUGCUAGCUUGGGUCAAGGAUCGUAGGGUGAUGGUGCUCGUGGACAACGGGUCAUCACACAACUUCAUCAAUGCUGACUUGUCCGAAAAUCUGAACUUACCAACCACGAAGUUUGAGCCUUUUGAGGUACGAGUAGCUAAUGGCGAGAGGCUGCAAUGCAUUGAAUCCUUUCGAAAGGUGCCAAUCAAGUUCCAAGGAGUUACAGUGAAGGCUGAUCUCUACGCUUUACCCCUCUUCGGACCUGAUGUCGUGCUAGGAGUCCAAUGGCUCGAAUGGUUAGGCAAGGUGACUACCGACUAUCGAACAGGAAUUAUGGAAUUCAAUUCUGGAG